CCAUCAAGAAAACGGGCAACCAAUGGAAGACGACCACGACGCCGAGCUGUACGCGAUGCAACUCGCAACCGCAUCGGUUCUCCCCAUGGCGAUGAAAGCCGCCAUCGAGCUCGGCGUGUUCGAUGUCAUCAACUCCGCCGGCCCCGCCGCUUCCCUCUCCCCUGCCCAAAUCGCCUCCCAACUUGCCGCUUCUACUACUGGCAGCUCCUCUGCUUCUGCUGAUGAUGUUGGCCAGAGGCUUGAUCCAAUUCUCCACCUCCUAGCUUCCCACUCUGUCCUCACUUCUUCGCCUAGAAACGUCGAUCACGGCGGCGGCGGCGGCGACGGUGAUGGGUUCCCGAGAUCCUACGGCCUGGCGCCCGUGGCGAAGUAUUUCCUCAAAGAUGGGAACAAAACAGGGUCUCUGGCUCCUCUGCUGUCCAUGAUUCAGGACAAAGUCGUUCUUGAUGCCUGGAUGCAUUUGAAGGAUUCAGUGGUGGAAGGCGGGACGCCGUUCAACAGAGCAUAUAGAAUGGACGGUAUGGAGUUCAUGAGGGAAAAUCCGAGGUUCCGGGAAGUGUUCGCCGGCUCCAUCACAGAAUUCAGCCCUCUAGUCAUGGAGGCGUUCUUAGAAAGGUACUGUGAAGAAGGAUUUGCAGGCGUGAAGUCACUUGUGGACGUUGGUGGCGGCGAUGGCUCGAGCAGUCAUGCCAUAGUUUCGAGGGUCCCGACGAUUAGGAAUGCGAUCAACUUCGAUCUGCCUUCCGCCGUCCAGAAUGCUCCGUCGUAUGCAGGUGUGGAGCAUGUCGCAGGGGAUAUGUUUGAGGGUGUUCCUAAAGGGGAUGUCAUCUUCAUGAAGUGGAUUCUGCACUUAUGGGAUGAUGAGCAGUGCGUGAAAAUAUUCAAAAACUGCUACCAAGCUACACCAGAGAAUGGCAAAGUGGUGAUUGUGGAUGCUCUAAUUCCAGAGACCUCUGAAACUUCUGCUGCUGCUGCUAAGGCCUCGCUCAUGUUCAAUCUCUACAGGAUGAGCAUGAAACCUCAGGGCAAAGAAAGGACCCUUUCACAGUUCGAGAGCUUGGCAAAACAGGCUGGAUUUUCUCAUGCUCGUAUCGCGUGUUUUGCUUACAACUUUGCAGUAGUUGAGUUCCUCAAAUCCAUCUAGCUAAUAUUCUUAGCAGUUCGUCUGGAUGACAAAUCAUUAGAAAAAAAUUCGUUUGAAAUGCAUCUCGUUUAUUCGUACUUCUCUAGCAUUAUUGUGUAAACCAUUCACAACCUCAUGUUAUGUAAGCUUUUGGAAUGAACUAGUCUUGUCGUG